AAAUUCACUUUUCUGUCAAAUGAUUGUCAAUGUAAUGUCAAAAAUUUGUUUUUAGUCAAUGAAUCAUUAGAGUUAAUUGAAGUGAUCGAUUUUAAUAUUAUUCAAACAAUAUAUUUGUUCAUAAAUUUUAUAUUAAUACAUAUAAAAAUAAAAGCAUACUAACAUUUAACGACAAUAGUUGAAAUAAAACUAAUAAUCGCUUAAUAUAAUUUAUAGAUACACAAUGGAAUCAACUUAUCAAAAUGGGAGUCAAAAUAAGGAUCAAGAGUUUCAAAAACUGUGCCAAACCAUUGGCACUAGUAUUCAGAAAAUAUCACAAAAUGUUUCUUCUAUGCAACGUAUGGUUAAUCAAAUAGGAACUCACCAAGAUUCUCCUGAACUAAGAAAACAAUUACAUUCCAUUCAACAUUAUACUCAACAAUUGGUGAAAGAUACAAAUGGAUAUAUCAAAGAUCUUAGCAACAUUCCACCAUCUUUAUCUCAGUCGGAGCAAAGACAGAGAAAGAUGCAAAGAGAACGUUUACAAGAUGAAUUCACAAGUUCACUAAAUAUGUUUCAAAAUGUCCAAAGAAGCACUGCUUCCAAAGAAAAAGAGCAAGUUAACAAGGCCAAAGCUCAAGCAUAUGGUAGUGAACCUCAUCUUGUUGGAUAUAAAUCCAAAGAUCAACAACUUAUAGAAUUGCAAGAUAAUAAUACAAAGCAAGUGCAGUUGCAGGAUGAAGUCAAUCUUCGAGAAUUAGAAGAACAGGAACAAUCUAUAAGGCAGUUAGAGAGUGACAUAAACGACGUAAAUCAAAUAUUCAAGGAAUUGGGGACUUUAGUUCAUGAGCAAGGAGAAGUAAUUGAUAGUAUUGAAGCAAAUGUAGAAAGAACCACAGAUUUUGUCAGUCAGGGUGCUCAGCAAUUACGAGAGGCCGGUACAUACAAAAAUAAAGUAAGAAGAAAGAAGUUAAUCUUAGCUGGUAUCGCAACUAUCAUUUUAAUUAUCAUCAUAUUGAUCAUUGUUUUGUCUGUUAGAAAUUAAGAAUGUGACGCUAUUAUGAUAUUAACUUGUGAUGUUCUAAAUAUUUAUAAUUUCCUAAAGUAAGAAAAAUUAGUCUAAAGUUAUUAAAAACAAAACAAUUUCAUCAAAUUUUCUAUACCUUAUCCUAAAUUGAAAUUGAGGACUAUUUAGUAUGUUAAUUGAUAUAGAACAAUUAGUUUUAUACCAAAACCUGAGAACACAAAUAUGCUAUGUCCAUCUAGUAAAUAAAUCAAAGACAGGUUCUAGAAUGAGAAGUUUUCAUGUAAUAUUUUUACAAACUUUACAAUUAAUAAAUAUCAAAAGACAUUGAGCUUCAUUACUACAGAUAUGCACUUACCAAAACUUUACUUCGAGUUUUCCAAAGUAGUGGGAAAUGGACAUAGCUCAUUUGUGCUUUAAGGUAUCAAGAUAAUAUCUACUGUAUAAGGAAAUUUAAUAUAAAAUUGCCUUGCUUCCUACUGUGAAAUACUUGUAAUUUGGUUUUAAGUGUUAGGUUUAUUUAGACCAUAAGAAUCUAAAUGUAGAAAAGCUUCUCUUGAUGAAAGCAGAUAGAACAGAAUACGUUUUCUUUAAGAUAUUCGCAUCAUUUUUAACCCUUAUCUAAAUAGUCUGUUACUAAUGCAAAUGAGCAGACUUUGUCCGUUGGACUCAAUGUGUUAAAAUAUGGUAACUGAUUAAUGAUUCAAUUAAUUGGCUGUCAUGAUUAAUCAAAUAAACCCCCAGCACUCAAUUCAUACACGAACUUUUAUUUACAAAGUUUUUAUUCAAUUUUAUUCACUAUGGUAAUGAUUUUUUUCUGCUACCUUUUCUAUGUUCCUAAUUCCUUUUUUCCCUUUCUUCAAUUCCUGAACUUGUUCAACCAUGCUUAUAAUUAAACUGUCUCUUUUUUUGGACUUAAACUUUAAUUGUACUUUUAAGUUUCGUCUUCCUUUGGCCUAAAUAUAUUUUAUAAAUACUAUUCUUUAUAUUAAUUUAAAUGUAUUAUAAUCCCUAUCAUAGAGAGAUAAAUUUAGUCAUAUUUCCCAAAGUCCAUUAUUCUUAACUUGUAUUUUAAUAAAUUUUAGUUUUUGUUAAGUUUUAUAUUAUUAUUAAACGUGUUGACUUAAA